UGGACGUCACACCACAUCCCACCAGCCGCUGGACUGUGGUGUCCAGUGCACGUCUGACCACCAUGGGGGCCCUGGGGCCCUCCUGGCACCUUCUGUUCCUUCCUGUCCUCCUGGCUGUGGGAGGAUUAAGUCCCGUCCAGGCCCAGAGUGAUUGCAACUGCUCUCCGGUGAGCCCGGGUGUGCUGGCUGGGAUCGUGCUGGGUGACUUGGUGCUGACGUUGCUCAUCGCCCUGGCUGUAUACUCUCUGGGACGCCUGAUCCCUCGAGGCCGAGGGGCUGGGGAGGGGACCCGGAAACAGCGCAUUGCAGAGACAGAGUCACCUUAUCAGGAGCUUCAGGGUCAGAGACCAGACGUCUACAGUGACCUCAACACACAGAGGCAGUAUUACCGAUGAGCCCACACUAGCCGACCAGCAACCUGACGCCUGGAUCCAGCCAUUCCUGAUGCCUACUAAACAUGCCCUCGCUGGGGUACAGAUCCACAGAGUGCUCUCCCUGAGAAGUCUGACCUCUCCCCACUUCUGUCCACAAAUAAAUGAUGGCGCAAAAAACA